AUGAUUCGACCCAUUGCUGUCAUUGCUGUCCUCUCGAACACCUCUGGGUGCUAUGCGACGAUAAACCUUAGCCAUUGCGUAGGGGACAGCACGGAAUUUUCAAACUGCGACAUAGCCAAGUCAAUUGCUCUAAAAUGCAGCAAUCUCAGCAAACAAGAAACCAUCGACUGCUUUUGCACGCAGGAGCGACUGGAUGCUUGUGUGGCGUGCAAGGAUGAAUUCAGGAAAUGCACUCUGGGCAACUCGUAUGAUAGUUCAGUGGAUGACGAAAUCGCCAAUUGGCAGGACGCAUGUGAACCUUAUCUUUCAGACGACUUCAAGACUCCGUCCGCUCCCGACCCAACGAGGACGAUAGAUCGAGACGCUUGCGAGGGCAUCGCCGAGAGCUGCGCUCAUUCAAGCCAGUCGGUAAGCCAGUCGGUCACCUCAUGCUCUUCCGCCUAUAAGAAGCCAGCGGAUAUCACCAGCUGCCAGCGUCAAGAAUCCAUCGUGUCUCUUGCUUCGGUGUGUGAAAUUGAUGGCGCAAACUCUUGUGUUGGAAAGACCGUGAUGACGUCCAACAUCUGGGAGUUCCGCAACUGCUAG